CUGUACUAAUUUUUUUGCACACUUCUGGUUUCCUAAUGAGAAAGUUAAUUUUCAUACUCACUACCUCUUUUCACCCUUGGUUAGAGCCGUCACCCCCAAAGAUCUCACUUCCUCUCUGCACAGCGACAAAAAACAAUCCUUAUCUCACACUUUCAGUUUGAAUCUUUUUCAACUCGUUAUCAAGAAUCAGCCCGGACAAAAAGGAAGAAGCAUGGGACAGUUGACCAACCUCUACGUCGCCGUCCUCCUCUCCCUGUGCUGGGGUCAGUGGUCCGAACCAGACGCUGAGAGGCCGUCCUGCGACCGCUGCGACCUGCGGCUCUCAUGUGACUGCUCCCGUGGUGGAUUCACCCGCGUUCCCGCGGUAACGGGCCGCGCACUAACUCUGGAUCUGUCCUUCAACAACAUCACCGCGGUGACCAAUGUCGACCUGAUGGGCCACGUGGAACUGAGGGCUCUGAAUCUCCAUGGUAACAGACUCGCUGUGAUUCACCCGUCAGCGUUUGAUUCUCUGUGGAGCUUGGAGGAGCUCGAUCUGUCUGACAACCAGCUGACUGCUCUCAACCACGAUUGGUUCGGCGAGCUGGGAGCUCUGCUGCAGCUCAACCUGCUCGACAACCCGUACAGCUGUGUGGGUUCGGCUCCGGUGUUCCUGGGUCUGGUCAGGCUGAGGAGGCUGGCGUUCGGAGGUUCUGCCCUGGUGGAGAUAAAGAGAGGAGCCCUGUCUGGAGUCAUGGAGCUGGAGGAGCUGACCGUGCACGCCAACAACCUGGAGAGGUACGAGUCGGGUGCUCUUGCCUACGUCUGGCCGUUGGGCCGUAUCAGCUUGAGCCUCCAUGGACCAUUUUUAAGGGAUGUGGCGUUAGCCUCGGCCGUGGUCGGAGACGUCUCGUACCCUGAGACGGCCGUUACUCUGGAAGACCUCCAUCUGAUUGGGAACGAGUCUGUUCAGCCGUUCAGAGCGGCAGCCAGGAGGAGGGUCAGGAACAUGGCCUUCCGUAACCUUUCCGUCUCUGAUGAGGCCACUGUCAACAUGCUGAUGAUUUCAGACGGAAUACCGUUCACCACCUUUACCUUUGACGGCGUCACGCUUACCGGCGAGGGCAGGUGGGAAAGAGCCAGCUGGACGGAUCAGAGGAGCAUCGACGAGUUCUUCAUACGAAACGCUGUGGUGCUGGAUGUCUUCAAGUUCGUCUCGUUCCUACAGCUGGGGUUUCUGCUGCAGUAUCCCAGGAAGUUGUCUGUCAUAAACGCCAAGGUGUUCGUGGUCCCUUGUGCCACGACCGGCCUUCUACUGAACCUGCAGUACCUGGACCUGUCCGACAACCUGCUGACUGACCUGACACUGGCCGAGACCCUGUGCCACGGAAGCGGCACGCUUAAGGAUCUGCGAGUUUUAAACAUCAGCGGAAAUGCUCUGAAGUCUUUGUCCACGUUGAGACGACUUGUAGCGAAACUCUACAAACUGACCCACCUGGACAUCAGCAGGAAUCGCUACAGCUCCAUGCCCGACAGCUGCUCCUGGCCCUCCACCCUGCGACACCUCAACAUCUCCGGGGCUAAACUCACCACCAUCACUCCUUGUCUUCCCACAACUCUGGAGGUGUUGGACCUGAGCAGCAAUGAUCUCAAAGGCUUCACUGUGGCGCUUCCUGUCCUUCGAGAGCUCCACCUCUCUGGGAACAAGUUCCUGAGGCUGCCUGCAGGAAGUUUGUUCCCCAAUCUGCAAACACUCUCUGCGCAGUCAAACACCUUAAACAUGUUCGGUCAUUCCGACCUCCAGUCAUAUCGACGACUCCAGAGCCUCCAGGCGGGUCGGAACAAGUUUGUCUGCUCCUGUGGCUUUGUGGCCUUCCUCCGGUCGAGCAUCGAAGGAGAUGGAGUUGUGCGUUUAACAGACGGAGAGGAGAGCUACAUCUGUGACUCUCCUCUGUACCUGCAGGGGGAACCGGUGGGUCGGGUCCGCCUCUCCGUUGUCGUGUGCCACAGGGUUCUGUUCGUGUCCGUGAGCUGCGGGGUUGCGUUGCUUGUCGGGAUCCUGGUCUCUGUCCUGCUGUGGCGCCUCCACGCCUUGUGGUACCUCAGGAUGACAUGGGCGUGGCUGAGGGCGAAGCAUAGCUCUCGGCGCCGGCGGCAGCUCAGAGAUGUAGCCGGUUCAGAAGCACUAUUGUCCUUUGAUGCCUUUGUUUCCUACAGUGAAAAAGACGCUGGCUGGGUGGAAACCUUCCUGGUACCUGAGCUGGAGGAGCCAAGGGAGACCGAUGAGGACUAUGUGAACCACCGAACUACCCGUCCGCUGACCCUGUGUCUCCACAAGCGGGACUUCCUUCCCGGACACUGGAUUUUGGACAACAUCAUGAGCGCCAUGGAGCGCAGCCGGCGGACCGUCUUCGUCCUCUCCGAGAACUUUGUGCAGUCCGACUGGUGUCGCUAUGAGCUGGACUUCUCCCACUUCUGGCUUUUCGAUGGCGACGCUGGCGAAGAGCCGGCCAUCCUCAUCCUGCUGGAGCCGCUGUCCAAGGACGACAUCCCCAACCGCUUCUGUAAACUGCGCAAACUCAUGAGCUCCACCACGUACCUGGAGUGGCCUCAGGAGGAGGAGGGGAAGCCGGAGUUCUGGAAGAGACUCCGCCACGCUUUGACAAGAGAGGAUGAUGACUGAGAGAUGAUGGAGCACAAAACAAAGACAAGAAUAAGUGUACACAAUGAAAUACAGGAGCAAUUAAAUAAUUGGUCAACAAAGAUGGAGGAGAUGAGGUAUCAAAGACUGAGUUGGAGGAUAAUGACAAUAAAGAUGAAGGGAAGAAAAUAAAUGUCAGAGAUGAACAAACCGUUACCAGUAAUAUAAUUUUGUCGUAUUUUGUCCCAUCUUUUCAUCGUACAUCACUGUAUUUGAUUUCACUUCAUGCCGUUGUUCUGCACACUAUUCAAGUUUAUAUUCCAGUAAUAAAUCGGGACAAAAUGUUAACAACACUUGUGAUGUGACCAUCAAUUCAGUUAUUUAGCCGUGGGCUACUAAGAGAUUCAGUUUUUUGAGCAGUGCAUCAGAUGUAAUCAUAUUAUUGGAAAGUGUAGGUUGCAGUGAAUCAAAAAAUAUGUCAUAUGAUCAGAUGGGAUAUUAAGACUAGGAAAUGAACCAGUUUGAAGCCUCACAGUUUUGAUUUUAAUACAUUAGCAAACCUUUUUUAAAAAACAUUGUUUUUAUUUGUCAUCGUGGAUUAUUGAGAACAACUAUAUCCAUUUAAAAAAAUCUAAUUUGAAAACGGAAGCCAGUGUAACUGACUGAAAGCUCUGUCGCAUUUGGAGAAAUGUGAAUUAAAAAAAAAGUAAACCUUU